GUCAUUUCCUGUAAGGAAUUCUGUCUCCCGGAGUUCUUUUUUAGCUUCUAAGAUUGUAUUAUCCGAGAGGACCAAAUUUCAUCAUAGGCCACUUGAAAUGGGGGACGUAGUGAACUCACUUGUUUUCUAAAUGUUGCCAAUUCAUGGUUCCGUCGCUGGAAUAUCGUACAGUCUCUUCCCUUUUGUAAGGUCGGCUUUGUCUCGGGAGCUUGGAUCUACAAGUGGAAGUCGCCGACAGUCCGCUCGGUGCGUGUCGGAGUUCUUUCAUCUGUUGCUUCAGCAUCGCGACAGAGGUAGGCCCCUGUAGGCCGCGGCCAUGCUGAGUUUCCUUCGCCGGACGCUGGGCCGGCGGUCCAUCCGCAAGCAGACGGACAAGGCCCGCCUCCGCGAGGCCCAGAGGGCCUCCACGCACAUCCCGGCCGCCGGCGACGCCAAGUCCGUCAUCACCUGCCGCGUGUCGCUGCUCGACGGCACCGACGUCAGCGUGGACCUGCCGAAAAAAGCCAAAGGGGAAGAGCUCUUCGACCAGAUCAUGUAUCACUUGGACAUCGUGGAGAAGGACUACUUUGGACUGCGGUUCAUGGACUCCGCACAAGUUCCGCAUUGGCUGGACAUUACGAAGAGUAUCAAAAAACAAGUCAAAAUCGGUCCUCCCUACUGCCUCCACAUGAGGGUGAAGUUCUAUUCCUCAGAGCCCAAUAACCUUCAUGAGGAACUAACCAGAUACCUUUUUGUGUUACAACUAAAGCAAGAUAUUCUCAGUGGAAAGUUGGAGUGUCCGUUUGACACAGCGGUGGAGCUGGCAGCCUUCUCCUUGCAGGCUGAGCUGGGCGACUGCGACCCUGCGGAGCACGCUCUGGACCUGGUGUCGGAGUUCCGCUUCAUGCCCGAGCAGACGGAGGACAUGGAGGUGGCCAUCUUCAACACCUGGAAGGAGUGCAGGGGCCAGACUCCUGCACAGGCAGAGAUUAACUACCUGAACAAGGCCAAGUGGCUGGAGAUGUAUGGAGUGGACAUGCACAUGGUCAAGGCUCGAGAUGGGAAUGAGUACAGUCUGGGCCUGACCCCCACGGGAGUCCUGGUGUUUGAGGGCGAGACCAAGAUCGGACUCUUCUUCUGGCCCAAGAUCACCCGUCUGGACUUCAAGAAGAGCAAGCUGACCCUGGUGGUGGUUGAGGACGAUGAGCAGGUAAUGCAGGAGACAGAUGAGGGGAAGGAGCAGGAGCACACCUUCGUGUUCCGCAUGGACCACCCCAAGGCCUGCAAGCACCUGUGGAAGUGCGCGGUGGAGCACCACGCCUUCUUCCGCCUGCGCGGCCCGGUGCAGAAGGGCUCGGCCCGGUCCGGGUUCAUCCGCAUGGGCUCCCGCUUCCGAUACAGUGGGAAGACCGAGUAUCAGACCACCAAGGGCAACAAGGCGCGGCGCUCGGCCUCGUUCGAGAGACGGCCCAGCCGACGGUACUCCAGGAGGACGCUGCAGCACAGAGCUUUCAGCAGAAACCAGGAUGUGCAGAAUAACGGAGUGGACCAGGACAAAGCGACCAAGUCCCAAAUCCCGUGGUCCACCCUGCCCGUGGUCUCGGCCCCGCCCGCCGCCGCACCCGCCACGCCCGGACCGCUGGAGAUCGAAGCCCUUCCCAGGAGCCCCGGAGCCGGCCAAUCAGAGAAAAGAGGCAAACCCCUUGUGGCCGAUUUGCUGGAAACCACGGACCUGUUGGAGACAUGCAUCGAUGAGGUCAUCAGAGUUCCAGUUCCCAUGGCAACGGCGGGCCUUCCAGAGGAAGCUGGAUCCAGUGCAGUUCCUGCGACCUUCGGUGCCGCAGCGGCGGAGGAGAGUACGUCUCUCUGCGACGCGGCGGCGCGGCUGAAGCAGCUGGAGCUCGAUAGCGCCCCCAUCUCGGCCGCGUCCAGAUCCAACAUCAACCUCAACAUGAACAACCAGGAGGACGUCGUGAAGCUGACGGAGAAGUGUCUGAACAGCGUGAGCAGCAGCCCCGUGCUCGCUCCGCUGCGCCCCCCGGAGGACCUCAAGAGUAACAUCCUGAAAGCCCAGGCGGAGGCUGCUCUCAAGGGCUCAAGGGAGGAGCACAUAGUGACCGGGGAGAAGAACUGUAACGUUCAAGAGGCGGCGUUAAGGAAUAGGGGCCGCGGCGGGCGGCUGGGCAGCAGCUCCUCUCUCUCUGCCAGCGGCUGGACAGAGCGCCAGGAGUCACGAGACCUCCUGAAGCCAGGACCCCCGGCCCCUGUGGGCCCCAGCGACGAAUUGAAGGCCGAAGACCUCUUUCCCGCACUUGCCCCGAUCUCUGUCGAACCUGCUGUCGAGGCCCCACCCACCAAGGCAAAACCAGAAGACCUGGAGCUCCUGAUCGCACCCGUGACCGAUAAUCUGAUAGACUUCACAGACCCCACCCCAGUAGUGCAGUCCAAACCGUUGAUUACUCCUCGAUGGAUCGUACCCACGGCUGCAAGCGGCAUCUUUACUAACGGCCUUCUUGACCAUGACUGCUCGGGAAAGGCGUCCCCCCUCCACCCUGAAGGGGGCGCUCACACCGCCCAUCCGCAGCUCUCUCAAACUCACAAUGUGAUUGCGACCAGCACUGUCACGCCCUCGCCCAAGGAGGACGGCAUGAGAACCAAGCACCUGCUGACCACUGAGCUCUGAGACGGGCGCGGGAACGCCGCCCCCCCCCCCGUCCCGGGACACCGGCGCUUUGGGAAGGAAAAUCUGGAAUCUGGCGGGCGGCGAUCGCUGGAGACUCCCCGUCUCCGCCUUUUUCACUACAUUCCAAAAGGAUGGGAAUUUGGGAAGGAGCGUUUAGUUUUUUUUUUUUUGUUUGUUUUGUUUCGUUUAAUUUUGUUUUUAUUAAACUGUGAGCCGCUGGAUUUUCUGCUAGACAUUUCAUCUCACUGCCCUUAGAGUAGAGGGGUCAGGAAUGUGGGGGUGUUUUGGUGCCUCUGGGGAUAAGAGGAGACCCCCCUCUGUAGCUGGACACCACCCCACACAUAGUCCAGAAGGCCCCACACAUGGCCCAAAGCACUUAACCGGAAUCAGCUAACCUAGCCCUGAUCCCAGCCCCCCUACUGCUUCGUACUGUGCGCAGAAUCUGAUCUAGGAUCAGCUAACCUAGCCCUGAUCCAAACCCCCUACUGCUUCAUACUGUGCACAGAAUCUGAUCUAGGAUCAGCUAACCUAGCCCUGCUCCCAACCCUCUACUGCUUCGUACUGAGCGCAGAAUCUGAUCUAGGAUCAGUGACUGGGGGUGUGGCCUAUAUGCCUGCUCCAAAAUACCCCCCUUCCCCAUAUGACCCCACUCAACCUGAGCCUGGAAUCACUGUGGAACAGCUGCUGGUUAUCAGUCCACCAGAUGGCUGUAUUACUGGAUUGGAUCACUGGAAUGUUAUUGGACUGAUCUGUACUGACACUUUUUAUAUGGCUAGUUUUUUUGUUUUAAGUGGUACUCACCUCUGUUGCUGACCCGAUGGUUAAGUACCGACCUGUCAGUACUGCACAUAUCGCUGUGUGAGUUCCUCAGCUGGACCAAGACGCUCGUAACACUGGAGAUACACGACCACAUGUUUGGGCACAUUGAGCCCUGAACAUUUUGUUUGUAAAAUGUAUGUUAUCUACACUGUAUGUUGAAUAUCAAUAGUUAAAACUGCCUUAUUUAGUGUUUUGUAUAAUCACAUAGCUGAAAACUGUGCUUAGCAUUACACUUUGAAGAAAGCUACUAAUUUUUGCUUGGAGUAAGCCCCACUGUGACAGCUCCCAUGUAGUCUGCAACACUGAGUCAGUGUCUCCAUGUAGUCUGCAGCACUGCGAGCCACUGUCUCCAUGUAGUCUGCAGCACUGUGGGUCACUGUAGUCUGCACCACUGUGAGUCACUGUCUCCAUGUAGUCUGCAGCACUGAGUCACUGUCUCCAUGUAGUCUGCAGCACUGUGGGUCACUGUAGUCUGCAGCACUGUGAGUCACUGUCUCCAUGUAGUCUGCAGCACUGAGUCACUGUCUCCAUGUAGUCUGCAGCACUGUGGGUCACUGUAGUCUGCAGCACUGUGAGUCACUGUCUCCAUGUAGUCUGCAGCACUGAGUCAGUGUCUCCAUGUAGUCUGCAGCACUGUGGGUCACUGUAGUCUGUAGCACUGCUGGUCACUGUCUCCAUGUAGUCUGCAGCACUGAGUCACUGUCUCCAUGUAGUCUGUAGCACUGCUGGUCACUGUCUCCAGGCAGUCUGCAGCAGUGUGAGCCUCUGUCUCCAGGCAGUCUGCAGCAGUGUGCAGGGUUUCUACCCUCUGAUGGAGCGAGACGUUCAGAGUUCAGCCUCUGCGCAUUUUGGAAUUUCUUUUUUUUUUUUUCUGAACUAUGAAAAAAAAGUGAGGAAACACUCAAUGGACCGGCGCAGCAGUCAGCUGACCCCGCCUGCAUGCUCUUGUGUCUGUGUGUGUGACGAUGCACAGCACAGCUCUCGCGACACACCAGACCACAAAAGAACUGGCACAAAGGAACUCUCUCUCACUUUCAGUUUUACUCUGACAAAUGCUAAUCGCUCGACCAGAGGAACACGUUCUUGGAGGAAAGAUGUGAUGACCGCCAAAGCUGACCGCUGUAGGUUUCGGUUAACUGAACUGCAGGAGGAGCCAAGGCUUCUCUGUAAUUUCAGGUCACUGUUUAUCCUUCCCUGACCCCACUUGAACUCUCUCAACAGGAAGUCAUCCAACAGGAAGUAUUACUCAGUGCGUGUAAGUCCAUUGAAGAUGACAGUUUCAGAGAAGCAGACGCUGUGAUAUCUGGCAUCUUUCCCAGAGGAGGGCUUCACGCGGUCACGUCUUGUCAGUGGAUCUCCCUUUAAGGGCGACGUUUCCGUGGUGCUCUGCCGCGAGGCGGAGCCAGCGAUUCUUUCACUAGGGUUCUCCGCUGUGGUUCAGAAGUCAAAGGUCAACCCUGCAGCAUUCAGUCACGUCCCGGUCAGCUCCUCCCACUGCUAGACCGUCAUCUCUCUUGUAACUGUAGCAACCCGUGGAGGUCCACACAGUUCUGUCUGCUGAGAAGAUUCCAGAAUAUCUUUGUGUUGUGUUCUGGUUCUUCUUAAAUCAUCAUUCAGAGCUCAUCAAGGCCUGAUUAUAUUUUUCCUUUUUAAAAAAUUGUUUUCUCUAUGAAUUGCAUAAUUUUUAAUCGCCUGGCAAGAACAUGUUCCUCUUUUAAAGACAACAAAUCGGUCUGUAGGACUGGUGCUUGACCACGGCCACUAUGGUCAGUAUAUGGAAGUAACGGCUGAUUUUUUACAUUUUAUUUUUUUCUGUCUGUACUCUGAGGUGAGGAUUAUCUCCUAGUGAACAAUAGCACUGUUUAAGCUCUGGUUGUAGAACUUCACCAUGUAAGUGCAAUUUGCUGUAGGGCUCUAAUUUAUUUUUUCUUUUUUGUUAAGGUCACCCUGUCUCACUCUGUACAUUUAAGUGUAAUCUAGAUGUAAAGACCGCUUUAGAGAACACGGCACUGAUUUGUAUUUUCUUUGUAUAUUGAUCAAAAGUUUGGAACGUGUACUAGUAUGGUCGCAGCAAUUUUGUACAACGUAGAAUUUCUCCUAGUAAAAUGUCUUUUAGAAAUGCA